AUAACAACUUGUAGCCUUGUUUUGCUCUUGAUUAGGUAAGGAAAGAGAAGAUGGGGGACAGGGUCACUGCACUUCAACAAUUAGUUUCACCUUUCGGAAAGACGGAUACAGCAUCCGUGCUUUCUGAAGCUAUCGAAUAUAUAAAGUUUCUCCAUGAUCAAGUCAAUAUGUUAAGUACGCCAUAUUUGAAAAGUGAAGCUUCCAUACAGCACCAGCUGAACUCGGAUGGAUCCAAUGAUCCAGAUCAAGGGCGAGCGCAAGAUCUUAAAAGUCGAGGGCUAUGUUUAGUACCAGUUUCUAGCACUUUCCCCGUCACACUCACACAUGGAACAACAGUCGAUUUUUGGAAUCCUACAUUUGGAGGGACUUACAGAUGAAGAAGCACAAGAUGAUCAAACAAACAUCAAGAUAAUAUCAAACCCUAUAAAAGAUUAGGAAAUGACCUUUGGGCAAAUUAAAUUAAUAGUGCUGUAAUAAUUGAAGAAUUAUUAUUAAAGCUUGGUUAGAAUAAUGAGUAGAGGUACUAAAACUAGAGAAAGUGUUGGCGUUAGUUUAGAAGGAAUUUGUUGUCUGUAGCUGAAUUUAGUUGAUAAAGGAGCUUUAGUUUCUGAAUCUGUUUCGUGCAUAGAGCUGGCAUUUACUUUAGUUGUAAAGGAAUGAAGGAAUAAUUGAAUUCCAGAACAGGAGUGAGUGAGUGUGUUGUGUGAUCAUUUGAUUAGAAAUAUCACUUUUCAAUUGUUUAUA